AUGGCUUUUAGAUGUCCUGGGUCAAUUGGUACUUUUGAGUGGAUUAUGAUGCCAUUUGGCCUAAAAAAUGCUGGGGCUACUUAUCAAAGGGCAAUGAAUUCUAUCUUUCAUGAUAUGAUUGGCCGAUUCAUGGAAAUUUAUAGAGAUGAUGUAGUUGUGAAAUCAUCGGCCAAGAGACAGCAUUUGGAACACUUGAAAAGGGCCUUUGAAAGGAUGAGGAUUCACAAAUUGAAAAUGAACCCAUUGAAGUGUGCAUUUGGAGUUUCAGCUGGGAAUUUCUUGGGGUUCUUGGUACACAAACAAGGUAUUGAAGUUGAUCAGAACAAGGUCAAAGCUAUUAUAAAUGCUAGGGCCCCAGCCAACAAAAAACAAGUGCAAUGGUUCCUCGGCCAGGUAGGUUUUCUUAGAAGAUUUAUUUCUAACCAUGCUGGCCAAGUGCAUGUCUUUUCGACUUUAGUUAAAUUAAAGUCACAUGAGAAAUUUCAUUGGGACGAAUCCCAUCAGAAGGCCUUUGACAAAAUAAAAGAGUAUUUGGCAAACCCCCCGGUUGUAAUGCCUCCAAGAAAGAAGUGGCCGUUAAAGCUUUAUUUAUCGGCCGCAGAAGAAUCAAUUGGUAGUAUGCUCGCACAAGACAAUAAACAUGGAAAGGAGCAGGCUGUCUACUACCUGAGUAGAGUACUGACUGAUGUAGAAUGCAGAUAUUCCUCAAUUGAGAAGCUUUGUUUAUCUUUGUACUAUUCGGCCAUGAAGUUGAGAGUAUACAUGCGGCCUGUUGAUGUUUACAUUCUUUGUCAGACUAACGUGAUCAAGUAUAUGCUACCAAGGCCAUUGAUCACUGGCCAAAUAGGUAAGUGGGCUUUGGUUUUGAUGGAAUUCAAUUUUAUCUACGUCCCACAAAAAUCAGUAAAAGGAAGGGUUCUGGCUGAUUUUUUGGCCGAUCAUCCUUCAACUGAUAUUGAUCCAUGGGUUUAUGAUAAAUUGGAGUCAUCAGCUAUAUUCUUAACUCCUUGGAUCUUGAUAUUUGAUGGAUCAAGCAUGGCUGAUGGAGCAAGAGCAGGUAUUGUUAUUAUUUCGCCAGCUGGCAGAAAGGCUUCAUUCUCUUUCUUUUUAGAUUUUAAAUGUUCAAAUAAUCAGGCCGAAUAUGAAGCGCUUAUAAUCGGCCUGGAGAUUUUAAUUGAAAUGGCUUUCUGGCCGAGAGGGCAGAAUAAGGAGGCCAACAGCAUGGCCCAAGCAGCCUCUGGAAUAAGAGUACCAGCCGGAAUAGAAGAUCAGUUGAUAAAGAUAACACGAAGAUCUUUGCCAUCGGCCGAAUUGAGAAAUACUAUGUUGUUUGAUACUUUGACAAUUGAUGUAGAAGAUUUGGCCGACGAUGACUGGAGGAUACCAUUUAUAAUGUUUCUUCGAAAUCCAAACAUCAAGACUGAUAGAAGUAUUAAAAGAAAAGCGAUCAACUUUGUGCUUCUAGAUGGGGAUCUAUACAGAAAAGGGUUAGAAGAUGGGCUCUUACUACAAUGCAUAAGCAAGGAGGAAUCACUUCAGGUUAUGGCCGAGGUACAUGAAGGCAGCUGUGGGGCUCACCAAGCUGGGAUUAAAAUGAGAAGGCUGAUUCGCAGGUAUGGAUAUUAUUGGCCGAGGAUGAGGAAAGAUUGCAUAGAUUACUCAAAAGGUUGUCAAGCUUGUCAAAGACACGAGACGAUUCAAAAUGUACCAGUAAAAGAAUUACAGCCAAUAAUCAAACUUUGGCCAUUCAGAGGUUGGGGCCUUGACCUUAUUGGUAAAAUUAAUCCACCAUCAAGCGAAGGCCAUCACUGGGUGAUUGUUGCCACAGAUUAUUUUACUAAAUGGGUUGAGGCCAAGGCUUGCAAAGCGGUUGAUCAGCAAACAGUGAUUAAUUUCAUGGAACAAAACAUCAUCCACAGAUUUGGGAUUCCAGAAACACUUGUUUCAGACAAUGCAACAGUAUUUAGGGCAACUGAUGUACUACAAUUCGGCCACAACAUGAAUAUUCAUAUGUCAGCCUCUACGCCAUACUAUGCUCAAGCAAAUGGCCAGGCCGAAUCUUCAAACAAAAUUUUAAUAGAGAUCAUUGAAAAAAUGAUCAAAGAUAAGCCAAGAAGGUGGCAUGAGACUUUGUCUGAAGCUUUAUGGGCCUAUAGGAACUCAAAAAGAACAGGCACAGGAGUUACACCAUACAUGUUAACUUAUGGUCAUGAUGUUGUUCUGCCUAUGGAAAUGAAGGUUAAAUCAGCCAGAGUUGUUUUUCAAAAUAAUCUAACUCCAGCUGAUUAUACUCAAGCAAUGUUGGUAGAAUUGGAAGAUUUAGAUGAAGUUAAAAGGGAUGCUUUGGAUCAUAUCAUAGCUCACAAGAAGAAGGUGAUGAGGAUCUACAACAAGAGGGUAAAACCUAAGUCUUUUGCUGAAGAAGAUUUAGUUUGGAGAGUUGUUUUGCCAGUGGGUAAAGUCGAUAGGAAAUAUGGGAAGUGGUCCCAAAAAUGGGACGGGCCAUACUUAGUCCAUUAA